UCCUUGACGAUCAACCUACUGACAUUUUCUUCGAUUAAUUCGGAGCAAAACCAGACUCGCUGGGAUUGGUGACAGAGAGCGUAGUUGGGUUUCAAGGCAUGGUUCAACUCCUUCUAUCUACCUAGGUUUUCGAAUUUUCGUCGAGGCUCGAUCGUCAAGCAAAGAUUUUCUUCGACAUUACCUUAGAGAUUGAGCGUUGUCCGCUUUCCUUCUCGCGACCCCCUGCUACGUUGUCUGUCAAGCAACGCUAAGCCUUGACUAACAGCGCCUAUAGAGAAUCACGAUAUAAGAUUGAGCAGACUUGCCAAGGGUCUUCCUUCAUUAUCUCUCAUUCUCAUUUCUUUUUCCCUUUUUUCUUUUCUCUUUAUAGAAAAGAGAACUCAGACAAGUCAACACUUUCACAAUCAUUUUAGUGCAUAACUUCAAACGACAUUGAACAAUAUCCAACUUACCUUUCACUCUCCAUCAGAGCUACAGUCUUUUCUUCCUUUAUUACGAUAUUCCUACUACUGGGCUACUCCCUUCCACUACUCUAGCUUAUUAUUCAUAGUGCAUUUAACGAUUCGAGGUAGCAAAUAACUUGCCAAUAACCAAUCCCAUCUCAUCGCAAUCUCGUGCUGUAAAAUUUGCUGUGUUUUUAUUAGUCCCCUACUCGGUCAGGCGUUCGACCAAAUAAAACACCUAUCAACUAAGCAUACUCCGUGGAACAAACUCUUUGAGUUCUGACAAAUCAUGAUGCAUUAUGUUUACUUGUCAAUCAUUCUCUGCCCUCUCUUGCUAAUUGAUACCGCCACGGCUGGCGCAAAAGAUAGAAGACAGCUUGGUAGUGGACUCGGUUCCAACUCGGGAAGCGGUUAUGGGUCCGGGGGCACUGGCUCGGGAAGCGCUGGUGCAAGUGGUUAUGGAUCCGGCUCGGGUGGCUCUGGCUCAGGAAGCGCCGGUGCAAGUGGUUAUGGAUCCGGCUCGGGUGGCUCUGGCUCAGGAAGCGCCGGUGCAAGUGGUUAUGGAUCCGGCUCGGGUGGUUCUGGCUCGGGAAGCGCUGGUGCAAGUGGAUAUGGCACCGGCUCGAGUGGCUAUGGAUCGGGAAGUGCUAACGCGAGUGGCUAUGGCUCCAGUGGUAUGUCUGGGUCAAGUGGUUCAGUGGGCCAAUCUGACUGGCACUCGUUAUUGGAGAACAUCUUGGCUACCCCGUUGAACACUCUACCGGGUCUUCAGCCAUACUCGGAUCAGCUCCAAUCGAUCGUCCAGUCAAGCUCCACGAGUAGUUCCAGUCAAAACACUACAAGUGUUACUACCACCCAGACCACCACUGACCAAGGCUUAUCCCAAGGCUCAUCUGGCAAUUGCGACACCAAGACCUAUGUGACGCUUUCGGCCACUUCCUUAAGCACUCUGUCGGCCUACUACACUCGGCUCUCCAAAUUCCAAACACUCUGUCAACAGAAUGGCUAUCAAAACACAUUUAACCUUGUUAAUGAGACCCAAAGCAGCGUUUCAAAGAUGAUGUAUUCAGUCGUUCAAUUGACUGCUACGAAGCAGGUUACCAGCUGUCAGAUCGCACCGUCCGAAUGCACCCCAGGAAAGGAAAUCCAAACCUCCUUGACAACCUUUUCGGAGAAAAUGACCACCAUCGAGCAGACUUACACCUCUGAAAGUAGCUCAUCCCAAGGCACAAACUGUGACUCUUCUUCUAGUUCUGGUGGUAAUGGAGGCUAUCAGGAUGGAAGCUCCAGUGGUAGCUCCAGCGGACUUGGUGGCUCGACUGGAAGCUCGACUGGAUACGGCAACUCUGGAAGCUCCAAUGGUUUGGGUAGCUCCCAGGGAAGCAGCGGUGGAAGCUCAAGCGGAUAUGGCUCAGGUGCUUCCAACGGGCCAUCUUCCUCGGGUUCAUCUGGCUCCAGCACUGGCCUUCAAAAACGGGACUCCCAGACAACAAGCAGCAAUUCCAGUACCGCUGACAUGUCUCUCCGUAAAUCUGCCCAUCAAUCCAAUGAACAGACUUCCGGUGCAGGAUAUGGGAAUGACGCAACUACGACCAAGAGCUCAAGCUCAUCAUCCACUUCACUUGACGGCCACACAAGCCACCAAUCCAACGUCACUGUUACAAGUAUGGGAGGAGCUUGUCAAAGUGGUAGCUCGAGCAGCUCAAGUAGCAGUACUACUACGUCCAUUAAACAAGUCUUCCAAGAAUGCAAAGAAAGUUUCUUGGUGGUCCAACAGGUCUGCAUCGGGCUUACCACUUCAAACCCAUCCCAAGGAGCAAAUGGUGUGCAUAUCGGAAAGAGCAGCACUACUACGAUUAACAUCAACAUUAAUCAACACAUUGAGAACAAAAGCUCGUCCAUCACCAACUUCCUUAAAACUGUUAAUGGCGGAAGUGCUUUCAAUUCUAAUGGAGGUACCUCCAACAGCGGAUCGGGAUCCCAGUAUCCAUCUGACUCGGGCUCAUCGUCAAACUCCGGUUACCCUUCCUCCUCUUCAAACUCCGGUUACCCUUCCUCCUCUUCAAACUCCGGCUACCCUUCAGACUCUGGCAACUCUUCUGGCUCUGGCUCUGGCUCUGGCUCUGGUUCUGGCUACCCAUCAUCCAACACCCCGGGGUCAGAUUACCCAUCGUCCACGAGCCCUUCAGGCUCUGGGUACCCCUCAUCGAAUCCCUCAGGGUCGGGUUAUCCAGGAUCGAAUUCAACUUCCGGUUCAGGUUAUCCAGCACCAGAUUCGACUUCCGGCUCAGGUUAUCCAGCACCAGAUUCCAGUUCCAGUUCAGGUUCCCCAACCCCAGAUUCCUCUUCUUCUGGUUCGAAUUAUCCGUCUUCAGGAUCUGGUUACCCCGGCUCAAGCGCGGGUAACUCCUCGACACCAUCUUCUUCAGACUACCCAUCUUCAGGAACCGGCUCUGGUUACCCCGACUCAAGCUCGGGUGACUCAUCGACAUCGCCUUCCUCAGGCUACCCAUCUUCAGGAGCCGGAUCUGAUAGCCCAUCGUCGAAUUCCACAUCCUCAGGAUAUGCACCAUCUAGCACUCCUCCCGGAUCAGACUACCCCGCCAACCCUUCAGUGGUCUCGCCUUCCACCUCGCCUUACCCCAACGGUGGAUCCUCGGGUGGUAACUGUGUCUGCCAACCUGAUAGCCAGACCCACUUGCGAAUCAGAAGCCUCGAGGCAAAACUCGAUGCCGUUCACCGAGUUAUGAAGAAAAGAGGAUUGACUGAACUUUAAGCCCGCAUCGAUGUUUGCAAUUCCCUAAGCUAGGUAGUACGUACAUGCGUUUCAACUGGUUAGGCGCACACCAUGGCAAAACACCAAUGCAUCCAUAUCAUUCUUUUCUUUUCCUUCUGUUUAUUUUUAGACUUGACUUGAAAAUCUAAAUAAAUCUUCAAAAAAAAAACGAAAAUUUAACAGAAGCAGAAACUAGCCACUUCCUUGGACGAUUACAGCAAUUCAAAAUCUUGACAUACCACCCAAUCCAAUGACUACCAUGAUAUAUAGCAAUAGAAUUUCAAUCCAAACCUUAAACCCGUUGUUAUGGUGAAAAUCACACAAAAGUUGUUACCCUAGAAAACCAUGUAAGCAUUGAAAAACCCCCAUUCCACCUUACAAAGCCCAAGUUCAGUUAACCAGCAUACGUAGCAGAUUACAUGCCCUUAACCCCCUCCAUACAUACCUACACAUACCGGCUCAGCCAACAAGCAACGGACAAAGCUUGAUUCACUUCACACUACACAUUCUCCAGUUUUUCUACUUCUCUUCAGUUUUGUUUGUCUGAAUGCAAUGAAAAGCCUGUGAAAAUGAACUCUAGAAUUCUCAAGAGUGAGGAAAUCAAAUCAUCUGUGUCUCCAAGACUCCAAAUACAGAAAUAAAA